ACUAAUAUAUAUACAUUUUUUAUAUCUUCUAUCUAUGUCCAUUUCUCUCCACAUGAAGGAACACUCAAUAUCAAACGAUCCGCGGCCAAUUCUCCAACCAGUUCUACCUCAUCGCCGCCGUCGCCGUCCAACGCGUUGACUUCGCCGACCUACUCGCUGAACGGCAGCUUAGCUGCUGCCGUGUACCAUCUGAAGACGUCGCCGCCGCUUCCGGGUGGUGGCAGCGGCAGCGGCAGCGGCAAUGGCAGCAGCCUUUGCUCGCCCUCGAAUGCGAGUGUGAACAGCAACAGUCAUGGCAAUAAUAUGAGUCCAUCCAAUGCCAAUGCCAGUGCUAACCUGAACAACACAUCAACUUCGCCCCAGUCAGGUAAUGGGGGCGUAGGCGUGGGAGUUGGUGUUGGCGUUGGCGUUGUCCCAGUGCCAGCUUUGCCGCUGCGUAUGCCCCCACCAACCAGUGGUGGGAUCAACGAGCCGCAAGAGUGUCCCUACUGUCGACGCACGUUCUCCUGCUACUACUCGCUAAAGCGGCACUUUCAAGACAAGCACGAGCAGUCCGACACGCUCUACGUGUGCGAGUUCUGCCACAGACGAUAUCGCACUAAGAACUCGCUGACAACGCAUAAGAGCCUGCAGCAUCGCGGCUCGAGCGGCAUGCUGAAGCGUCUGCUGAAGACGUCCGCCAUAAAGCACGGCCUAGUUGGUGGUCAUCAUGCCCAUCCGCACCACCAUCACCAUCAUUCGCUCACCCAUUCGCGCAGCAGCCUCUUCGACUUCAAGAGUGAGCUGGGCCAGCCCCCACCGGGCAUACAAUAGGAUCUACGUUGGAAUGCAAUUUUUUAGAGAAUUAGUGUCCAGAUACCAGCUACAAAUACUUCGCCCUCCCCUACACACCUACACUUCUUUCAUAAUUUUAUAUAUAUUUGUGACAGCGAGCCAUAGGCUCCUCAACACAGGCCAUUGUUCGUGCUCACAUUUAGCUAUUAGAGAGACAUUAAUGUGUUUUUUUUUUUUUUUUUUUUUUU